CUCGUUUUUGUGUAUUAUGCACAUUUAAAACACAUGAUAACUGUUUUUGUCGUAUAAUAAAUAGUAUGCUUAUGUAGAAGACACUUGAUGCUCCGACAGAUUCAAAUAAACUAACAGAUGUCACAGGUCGCAUUUACGAUAUAACCAUACCUGGAUCAGCUGUUUUAAAACAACUAUAGGACAAAAAUGGCUGGUGAGAAUGAACGGACUGUUGUGCUUUGUAUGGAUGGGAGCUAUCAUUCAGAUUUAGCUUUUGAUUGGUACAAGUCUCAUAUAAAAAAAGACAAUGACUACGUCAUAAUAGCGACCUGCUUCGAUAGACAUGCCUAUGGAAUUUAUGCAUUUGGGACGGCUGAUUCUGCCGAGCUGGCUUCACAACUCCAAAGAGAUAUUGAUUCACACAAAGAGCAUGCUGAAGAACUUAAGAUAAAGCUAGCUAAAGAAGGAAUGAAAGGGGAAGUUUUUAUAACUGCUGGAAAGGCCGGUGAAAAUGCAAUCAAAGUGGCCCAUGAAAGAAACGCUGCAAUGAUAGUGUGUGGUGCCAGAGGUCAUGGAACUGUACGACGUACGAUCAUGGGAAGCAAUAGCGAGUACAUAAUGCACCAUGCCGACAUACCUGUCAUAAUAUGUCGACAUAAACCUCACCAGAAUCCUACAGCUGAACAUAAACACGAGGACAAACACAAGCACUAAACCAAUAUUACCCAUGCGAACGUUAGGACAAACACAAGCACUAAAUCAAUAUACACAUGUGAACGUCAGGACAAAAUUAAAGCAUUGAAUCAAGAAUUAUACAUGACAUAUGUGUUCUUUUUUAUAUGCAUUUGGGGACAUUUUACAAAGAGAAUUGGGCGGCAUUAAUAAUUGUAAGUUGUAAUAAUAAAUGCUUUUUACAAGA